UCAAUAUUGGCAGAGUAAAAAUCUGAAUAUAUGACAACGAAAUAUCUGCAGACUCCAUGCUGGCACUGAGUUUACGGUCGCUUCACUAAUGCUCUCUUGUACAUUUGUUUCACGAAAUUCACGACACUCGUUCAGUAUGCGUCUACCCGAGAGGCUUUAUGCGAAAGCUUCCAUCAGCGACGAUGCAAGUCGCCGUGACUCGCAUGAGCUGCCGAGAUUCUCGUUCGAGGGAGAUGACAGGCCGCUGGUCAGCACUGAGCGUCUUUUCAAUCAGUGGUCUCAGGAUGAGGAGACGGCAUACAAUCCUGGGUUCAAUGCGAUAGAAAGUGCACUAAAACUGGAACAAGACAUCAUUAUCACCUGGGAUGGUCCGAAUGAUCCUGCGAAUCCUCUCAAUUGGUCUCAGUCACGCAAGUGGGUCGUCACAAUGCUCGUGUCAAUGUUCACCUUUAUCAGUCCUUUUUCUUCAACUAUGGUCACUCCAGCAUUGCCCGUCAUCGCAGAUGACUUUGACAUACCCGAAGGUUUCAUGCGCCAACUUGUCAUGACAAUUUUCCUCCUUGGUUAUGCCCAGGGCCCUUUUGUAUUGGCACCACUGAGUGAGAUCUAUGGACGAGUGACAGUCUUACAGUAUGCCAACUUGAUAUACCUUGUGUUCAACACAGCUUGUGGCUUCGCACAGACUAAAGAACAAAUGCUCGCCUUCCGCUUCUUAAGCGGCUUAGGUGGAGCAGCACCCCAAGCACUUUGUAACGGUGUUCUUGCUGACACCUGGCGUAAAGAAGAACGCGGAAAGGGCCAAGCUAUCUAUGGCAUGCUUACCUGGAUCAGUCCUUGUGUAGCUCCCAUUUGCGGUGCAUACAUCUCGCAAGGCGUAAGCUGGCGCUGGAUCUUUUGGGCAACGUCCAUCUUCACAGUGUUCGUCCAGGUCACCGCGUUCUUCUUUCUUCGCGAAACCUUCGCUCCGGCCAUCCUGGCAAAGAAGGCAAAACUCAUAAGGAAAUCCCUCAAGGGCAUCCGCAAAGAUGUCGUCGUACGCACGGAGUACGAGACUGGCGAUCGUUUUAGCAAAAUCCUGCGCAAGCGGCUGAUCUUGCCAUUCAUCAUGAUGUUCACACAUCCGGCGACGCAAGCACCCUCCAUAUAUCGCGCGUACCUCUACGGUGUGAUGUACCUCAUGCUCUCAACCUUUCCACUGGUCUUUGAAGAAGUCUAUGAUAUGGACAUUGGUCCCGCAUCUCUUAACUACCUAUCCAUGUGUGCUGGCUUCAUGAUUGGGUUGCAGAUCUCGCAUCCACUCAUGGACGGUCUCUAUGCUCGUAUGAAGACAUACUACAAUGUCGAAGAAGGUCUCCCCGAAUUUCGCGUUCCGCCCAUGCUCAUCGCCGGCAUCCUCUGCCCCAUCGGGCUGUUCAUAUACGGCUGGACCGCGCAAGCACGCGUACACUGGAUUGUACCAAACAUAGGCUGCGCUAUCGUAGCCAUUGGCAUGAUCAUUGGUUUCCAGUGCAGCCAGGCGUAUACCACGGAUGCAUACGAGGCGAAGUACGCCGCUUCAGCUGCGGCAGUCGGUGCGUUUAUGCGUACGAUGUGUGGAUUCAGUUUCCCGCUAUUUGCAGUGCAGAUGUAUGAAACUCUAGGCCUAGGAUGGGGAAACAGCUUACUGGCUUUCAUGACGCUCGGCUUGGCCCUAGCUAGUCCAGUAUUGCUGUGGUUUUAUGGGCCGAAAUUGAGGGCUAUGAGCACGAGGGGGUUGCUUUAGAUGAGUGAGUAGAGCAGUGUAAACCAUGAUUUAUGACUUAUGAGUUUGCCCAGCGAGGAGUUCCGGGCAGCAUUAUUAGAUAUGAUAGCACUUACCUUCAAUAAGCAACACGUCUGUAAAUCACAAGACACUUUCCAACAAAACUGCAUCGGGCUAUUACUUCGCUUCCA